AUGCGAUCAACUCUUCUUCGACCCCUCCUACCCCGCUACGGUCUCUGCGCUCCCGGCGCCAGAUCUUUUUCUCUUCCUCAACUUGCCUCUGCGUCAAACAGAUUUCAAACCACCCGUUUUUUCUCUGUAACCUCUGCAGUCAUGGGCAAGAAGGUCUUUUUCGACGUUACCUGGGAGGGUCCUGUCAUGCAAGGCGGCAAGCCUACCUCUGAGGUCAAAGAGCAGGCUGGUCGCAUCAACUUCAACCUUUUCGACGACGUCGUCCCCAAGACUGCCGAAAACUUCCGCGCGCUCUGCACCGGUGAGAAGGGCUUCGGUUACUCUGGGUCUUCUUUCCACCGCAUCAUCCCCGACUUUAUGCUCCAAGGUGGUGAUUUCACUCGUGGUAACGGCACUGGUGGCAAGUCUAUCUACGGCGAGAAGUUCCCCGAUGAGAACUUCCAGCUGAAGCACGACCGUCCUGGUCUGCUGUCCAUGGCCAACGCUGGUCCCAACACUAAUGGCUCCCAAUUCUUCGUUACCACCGUUGUUACCUCAUGGCUUAACGGACGCCACGUCGUUUUCGGCGAGGUUGCUGAUGAGCAGUCAUUGAACGUCGUCAAGGCCCUGGAGGCCACUGGUUCACAGAGCGGUACUGUCAAGUACGGCAAGCGACCCACUAUCGUCAAGUCUGGCGAGCUGUAA